ACCUACAUAAAAUCGAUUAGCUUUCAUAUUUCGAUAUACGUAGAUAUAUUCGAUAAAUAAUACUGCGCAGGACGAUGACAUUACCUAAUGACAAAAAAAAAUCAAUAACGCAGACAAAACCCUUGAAACUUUAAAAUUUGACAUUUCUACCAAUACCAAAAUGAAAACAUUUCAACAAAUAGUUGACGUAGUUAAAUAAGUGCAUUUCAAAGAUAAAGCAACAUACAGGAUAAAGUAAUUUCAAAAAUAUAAAAGUAUGGAAGAUAAAGCUACUAAAAUUGGUAGUGAGUUCGAACCAAUCAAUGGUUAUUCAAGAAAGACUGAUAACGAAAGAAGUGGUAAUGAAAACGCAACAAACCAUCUGGAAGUAACUUUCAGUGGGCGACUAAAUACAAAUCAAGAGGAAAAUGGAAAUUCUGAUUACUACCAUCAGACAAAUACAUGUCGCAUUCUUCAGAGAAAAUUAGAAUUAAAAGUUGAAAAAGCUAAACGCAACUAUAACCAAUAUCAGGACACUUGUUCAAAGAAAUCACAAUCUUCCAGCUUAAUACCAAUAAGUCGCUUACAAAUACCUGGUUACGUUGAAAAUCAGCCUUUAGUUGAUUAUAAAUCUGAAAGUGAUGACCAAGAAGAAAUAUCUUUUUUUCCCUUGAAGUUGAAGAGCACAAAGAAACAAGAACUCUCAGAUACGUUCAGCAUACAAGAUAUAACAAUUGAAUCAGAAGACAAUAAUUCCGAUGAUAGUGAUACCUCAGCAAAUUUAGAACUUCUUCCCCCAAGAUUAAAAACAAAUCUUUUGGAUAAGGUUUUAAAUUGUUUCUAUUGUGUACAGGGUAAAAUCUAGUAAUAAAAAUAGUGCUUAUUAAUUUUGUGUUAUAUUUAAAACGUAUCUCUCUAAAAAUUUAAAGUUGUAAAGCUUGAAAGGCUUGUACUCAAAAGUGCUUUUUUCACACUUCUUCCAUCGGUCAGAAAUCAUGAUUUUGGAUGAUUUGUAUAUUCUAAUGAUUUCGGGCCCAAAAUUAUGUUUUUAUUAUUAUUAAAAAAAAAAUUAAAUUCUAUGGCUUUAGCCUUUAACCUGACUAUUGAAUUGGAUUUUAGUUUGGUGAAAUAUGUAGAAUUCAGUCAAAUAUUUAAGUAAGCUUUAAAUCUGUUUAUUGGUAAUACAUAUAUAUUUUGGUAAUAAUAUUUUAUAACCUUGCAAAAAAGAAUAGUAAGAAAGUUAUUUGUAACUUUCAAAGUUGAAAGCCGAGCACUUUUGAGGGUUUAGGGCUGCCGACUGCUUACUCAUGUCUUGUAUAUGGAACCAAGAAUUUUUUAGAUAGAACAAAGUG